UUUUGUUGUUGAUAGUUGAUGUUGAGGUGAAAAUGUAGAAAACCUACAAUAUGAAAAUAUGAACCUUACAGCAAGAGCAAAAAUUGAGAUAUGCAAAGUACUUUCAGAUGAAGAAGCAUUAAUUAAUAAAAAGUUGCCAAAAGAACUUUUAUUGAGAAUCUUCUCUUACCUUGAUGUGGUAUCAUUGUGCAGAUGUGCUCAAGUGUCAAAAUCAUGGAACAUUCUUGCACUUGAUGGAAGUAAUUGGCAAAGAAUUGAUCUAUUCAAUUUUCAAACCGAUAUAGAAGGUGAUGUUGUUGAAAAUAUUUCAAAACGAUGUGGAGGAUUUCUGAAAAAGCUAAGCUUAAGAGGCUGUCAAAGUGUUGAAGAUGCUGCUCUUAAAACCUUUUCACAAAAUUGCAAUCAUAUUGAAGAAUUAAAUUUGAAUGAUUGUAAAAAGCUUACUGACAGCACUUGUCAAAAUCUGAGCAAAUAUUGCCCAAAGUUGCUUCAUUUAGACAUAGGAUCAUGUUCUCAGAUGACAGAUUUAUCUUUAAAAUCCAUUGGAGAUGGAUGUCCAAAUAUGGAGCAUAUAAAUAUAUCAUGGUGCGAUCAAGUAUCAACUAGUGGAGUUGAAGCUUUAGCUCGUGGAUGCAAAAAACUUAAAGUUUUCAUUUGCAAAGGAUGUUCCUUAAUUGGUGAUGAAGCAAUUUAUGAGUUAACCAAAUUUUGUCCUGAUCUUCAGGUCAUUAAUCUUCUAGGUUGCAGUAGUAUCACAGAUGAAGGUGUCCAGUACAUAAGUCAGCGAUGCCCGAAGCUCUAUUACUUAUGUCUUUCCAAUUGUUCUCAUCUGACUGAUGCAUCAUUAAUAGCUUUAGGUCAAGGGUGUCAUAAUUUGAGAACAUUAGAAGUCGCUGCAUGUUCUCAAUUCACUGAUAGUGGAUUUCAAGCUCUUGCCAAAAAUUGUCAUUUUUUGGAAAAAAUGGAUUUGGAAGAGUGUGUCUUAAUAACAGAUAAUACUCUUUGUUACCUGGCAGCUGGCUGUCCACGUCUUCAAAAACUAUCUCUUUCCCAUUGUGAACUAAUUACUGAUGAAGGCAUUCGACAUCUUGGUACUAGUGCUUGUUCUUCUGAGCACUUGUCUGUACUUGAAUUAGAUAACUGUCCAUUAAUCACUGAUCAAUCCCUUGACCAUCUUAUAACUUGUCAUAGCCUUCAAAGGAUUGAACUCUAUGACUGUCAACUUAUUACUCGUGCUGGAAUUCGAAAACUAAGGGGUCAUUUGCAGGAUCUCAAAGUGCAUGCUUAUUUCGCUCCAGUUACUCCUCCACCAUCAGCUGGAGGUGGCAGGCCUCGGUAUUGCCGCUGCUGUGUUAUUUUAUAGAAAGUAUGAGAUCCCGUUUUAUGGCAUAUUUUAUAUGUAAUGCAGAAUAUAUAUCUUCAUAUCUUUCAAGAAAAGGUGCAUACAUGUGCUGCAAUGCUCUAUUACUUUGAAGAACUAUAUGCCUGUUUUCAUGAAGAUGUUUCUUCUGAGGUGGUUGAAAUAGUAACUAUGUGUACAUAAAAAGUUUGUAAGCUUCCAAUUUUUAUUUAAGAUGUUGAUCUUUCCAUAUUUUUUAUGUUUAUCUAUGCACACCAUCCAAAUGUGCUUUGCUUUUGUUACUAUUUAUUAUUAUUACUUUAUAAUAUUAAAACGUGCUUGGCGUGCAUAGAUAACCCAUCAAAAUAGUGCACUUAAUAUUUUAAUGUUUAAACUAGUAAAAAUCUGAUUAUCCAUUAUAAAUUUAAAUUUGUUCAAAUUUUCAUGUUAAAAAGAUACGAAAUACUUUGCUUCACAAUUUUUUAGACAUGAAAUAUUGGUUUUGAAAAUUUGAAAUUUUUCAUAGAGUACGGUUGUUUUCUUUUUUGAGCAUUCCUUUCAAGUUUUAGCACUGGUGAACUAAAACUGUAUUAACUACUGUAAAGGAGCAUGUUUAAAAUUGAAAAUUAAUGGUUGUUUAAUGACUGGAGAUUAAAAAGAACGAAAAUUCUUCAUUUCUAUCCCGUUAUUAGAAACAGCGCAACAUCUGUUGCAGAUUUUUUUAGGAAAACUGCACCUAUUUUUAAUUUGGAAUGAUUUUUUUUCUUUGCUUUCUGCACGGGUUUCUAAUUCAAAGCAGAAAAAUACAGUUGUAAGUGAAAUAGAAAAAAAAGUAAAAGCAAAAAAUGGUGCCUAAAUCUAUCCAGGAGUCUUCAGUGGCUAAGAGGUCAAAAGGACUUACUCCCACAGCUACCUGGGCCUCAGUUUUCUACUUGAUUUUGAAGCUCUUUUGUCUUUGUUUUACUCCUAACUUUCUAAUUUAGUAUUUUUUUCAUUUAGCAUUUAUUCCUUUUUGCCCAUUAAUAGUAAGUACUAUGACAAAUCUAAUGCUGUUCUACCUAGCAGAUUACUUUUGGAUUUUUUAAAUCUCUUGCAGACUACUGAAAAAACUUUCGCAUCCAGGAUUUCUAUUUUUGUAAAAUGCAUUUAUUUUUACUUUUCUAAUUUUUAUCAUUUAAAUUUAUAAUUAUGAAAACCAAUGUUACUUACCUUGAAAUUUGAGCGAGAUCUGUAUUAAAAUUGCAAAAUUUAUAUGUUUGAUAUAUAGAUGCCUCAGAGCAACACCAAGACAUCUAACCCUCAGAAUAACACUUAGAUAUCCUACUGUUGUUCUCAGGCGAAGAUAUACUAAUUCCUUAUGAGCUAAGAUUAAAAGUUAACAUUAAUUAUAUAAUAGCAUCAACACAACACACUAAUGCUUAACAAAUGAAAAGUUGAAUACUGUGUUUCCAAGUUUAAAAAAGAAGAAUAAUUUUUAGAAAUGUAAUUUACAAAUCUAAAUAAUCAUGGUUAGCGUGCCACUGAGCACAAGGAGGGCAAGUAUGUAAUUUGAUGAUAUGUUGUUUAGUUCUAAAUAUUAAAAUCUUUGCAUAAAAUACUCUAUUAAAAAAAGGAAACUCGAAAAUUACUAACACGUUUUUUAAGACCUUAAGAUUUUUUUCACUUUUUGUAUUGAUACAGCAAUGUGUUAAAUAAGCUUUCACUUGCAAGCCAAAGAGAAAUGAAGCAAUAUAUUUCAGAAAUCUUCCUGAAAUUUACUGUUCAUUGAUAAAUGAAUUGUUUAAAUUUUAACAAGUAGUUAUGUUUUAUAACAAUAAAUUUUAAUACUAUUAAUUUAGUUGCUUUGUAAAUUUAGUCAUUAAUGAAAGAAAUUUCCUUGGAAACCAAAAAGUUUCUGACAUGUAAAACCAAAAUUUGAAGGAUUUCAUAUUGUUUGGAAUAAAAUUGUCAUAAAAAGUAUAAUUAAUUGUUUAAAUUGUCAAAAUCCUAAUGAUAAUUAGUCAUUUUUCUGCAAAUAUUUUAUACUCCAUCAAAAGGUAGGUAAGGAAGAAUAAAAUGUUAAUACUUAUGAGAAAGUAAAAAGAUAAAAUCCUGUUAUAAGUUUUAAAAAUUAAAAAAAAAGAAGAAAUUAUUGAAGAAGAGAAAGAAUUAACAUGAAUAAAAAUGUAAAAAAUACAUUGAAAUUUAGAUAAAAAAUUGAAAAUGUGUGAUGUACUUGAAGAAGCGAGAAAAAAAACUAGAGCGUAUUAGUUGAACAGAAGGAUUUAAUUAUUAUUAACAAAGCCCUAAUUGCAAAAUUAACUUACUGAAGCUUUUUUUUUAAAUAUAGUUAACACAUUGACAUGUAAUUAAAUUAUUUUCAUUAUACUUCUUUAUUUAAUCACCACACUAGCACAGCCAGAAAUACUUUCUGAAGGGAGUUUUUCGAUCAAAAAUAUCUUUCAGGGGUUUCUUUUGGUAAAAAAUACCUUCUAAAGGGAAUUUUUUGAUCAAAAAUACCUUCUGAAGGUUUUUUUUUUAGAUCAAAAUAGCUCUUUCAUAUGCAUAAAGUACUGUAAUGGAAUUUGCAUUUAUGUUUAAACCAAUGGCUCUUGGGGUGUUUUCGUACCCCCCCCCCUUACUGCACCACUGAAUCACCAGAAACCAAUGCCAGACAGAAUCUUAUUAGCAUUUUUAGGACCCACUGUAUUUUGUUUGAUGCAAGUUCAUUUCAUUUUUAACCAUCUGAGAUGAUGUUUGAUUCUAUUCAGUUUUUUUCAAAGGAAUUUAAUUCUUAGGAAGGGAGGAGGGGAUUUUUUAAGAACUGCAAUUUUAGUUUAUAACACUUAUGAGCCGUUAACUGGAAUUAUAUAUUAAUAAUUCAACCUACUACUGUAUAGUGUAAUUCAUGUGUUAUACAUUUAAAACUACUUUUUUAAUUGUGGAUGGUGAAAUAUCAUUUACAAGAUGUCAUUCAAUGCUUUUUUUUUUUUUCUACCUUGAUAACUUUUAAUUAAAAGCUGUGUUUAGAGAAAAUUAUCAAAAUUUGAAUAAAUAAACUUUAUUUAAAUUUAAUAUUCGUAACUUUGUACCUUAAAUAGGUAUUUUCAGAAUUGGAUUUUUACCAAAGUAGCUUCAUUUCUCCUCUAAAUUUUUUAUUGUGAACUAUCAAAAUGUGCAAGCUAGCAAAUAGAAAAUGUUGUUUAUCUGUCAAGUUUCUACCAUUUCUUGGGACCAUCGUAGCUUUUUGUAAUAUAUAUAUGCAUUAUAUGUCAUUCUGAAACUAAAUUUUUUUAAUAAAACUGAAUUUUUUUUAUAUAGUAUAAUUAAAGAUUUUGUUCCCAUUUAAUUUUAGCACAAUGACACCUCAUUUUAUCGCGCAUUGGUAGACAACAAAAAGGAGUGAUACAUCUAAAAACAGAAUCUAAUCUAAGUCAAAUACUAAUGAUUCAAUAAUACAAAUUAAUAUUUUCUACAAAAAAUAUUAGUUUGUUGACAGAAACAAAAGCAAAUUAGCCUACCAAAUUUUCUUUUAAGCUUAAGAAACAAAAACAAAUUUAAAUAUAUUUCUUUUGUUUUAUGAGGUAAUAUGAAUCGAAAGUUGCAACAUAAACUGCAUUGAAAUAAGUGAGAAAUGUAACCUUUUUUUUUUCUUCUGUGAUGUGAAAUGUAAAGCAUCAUUUUUGUAUGUAAAUAUUUUUUUUUUAGUUGAAAAAUAAUUCAUACUUAAAGAAAUUAAAAUAAAAUGCAGUUUUUUUUCUUGGUCUUUAAUAAACUUAUUACCAUUCUGUAUUUCUCAGAAAUCUAAGGAUUAAUAUAAAAUACUGCAUCCCAACAUGCAUUUUCUUUUUUUUUUCUUUAAUACAACCAGUAAACCUUUUUUGAAUAUGUUUAUAUUUAAAAGGUACAAUAUAUAGUAUUUGAGCAUCCAAAAAUUAUUGACCAGUGAUGUCAUAUGAUAUUUUUAAUAAUUCAUAGUUGAUGAUUGUAUUUUAAGUUCUCUCUUUAUAAUUGUAACUACCUGAGUCUCAUUACAUUUGCUUCUCUGAUACUUCAUGAGGCCUUGUGCAUCCCAAAUGAUGAAAUGUUUCUCCUCGGGUAAAAAUUGUAUAAAAAUUUAGAAAAUGAUCUUUUUAAGGAGAUUAUGCAAUGAUUCCUAGUUUAUUUACAGUUCAAAGGUUUUGAAUAAAUAAUUUGCUAAAAAUAGCAUAAAAUAAUUAUAUAAAAAAGUAUAUUUCAUUAUAAUUUUAGGGAAAAUUGCUAACCAUACGAUAAUUUUUUUUAUUAAAAAAGAAUCACUGGUCAACUAUGUGUUAAAUUUGAACACAUAUUUUGUCAAACUAAUUUUAAAACCUUGUGGAAGAUUUGCUUAUUGAUUGAAAAUUGUUUCAGCAUAUUAUCUUAAACUUAAUUUUUGAUGCCUAACCGUGCAGAAAAUUUAUCAUUAUUAUUAUUUUUUUUUUCAAAUGUGAUGAAAAUUGGAAGGAAUUUUUAUACUUUUCAAAAACAGAUAUAUCCCCAGUUGACUUGUAACAAUUCUUUCUCCAUUUUCUCUAUAAAUUAAACAAAAGAACAGCAAAAGGCUUAACUGUGUGAACAUGAUGGUUAUAACAAAUCCCCAAAUUUUUAAAGCGUUCUUACCAUAUACUUAGCUUUGAAAUUAUACAUAGCUUGAAUGGCAGAAUUUUCACUUCACUGUUAUUAAAAAAUUUUUAAAAAUUCAAUGGCAGGCUUUGGUGUUUACUUUUUUAACCAAUGAUAUAAUUCUUUCAUGACAAUAUAUCUCAUUUAAUAUGUACUAAAACAUUAAAAUAUAUCUGAUUUUGACAAUUUUGAUGUUAACAGAUGCAUGUUUUUUUAUUAUUAUUUAUUAAUUUUCAUUGAAAUCAGAACUUUAGUUUCAACUCCAAUUGAUGCAAAGUAUAAAUUAAAAAAACUGAUGCAUGCUCAAAUUAGGUAUAAUCAGGCAUAAAUGUUUGAAUGUACAUACUAUAUGAGCAAUUACAUAUUCGCUUUAAAUGGCUAUGUGAAAAUUGUAAUAUAAAGUAUUAAUUUUUUCAAAUAUACAUAAAUAAAUGAAUCCUGUGGUCUACACAAUUUUUUUAUGGUAUUGAAAAGCUGUUAUUAACUGAAAUCAAUAUCACUUUUAAACAUUAGUAUAUAAUAUUAUACAUAUAUAUAUAUAAUGUAUAUAUGCUUUGAAAGCUUCUGCAUACAAAAUCUUGUUGAUUUUGUGUAGAUGUUAUUAUUUUUCUUGUACAUGAUUGUCAUAUGAUGUGAGGUUUUAACACUUCCCUAAUUUCUUAAAAUAAAGUUUA